CACACACGCACACAUGCACGCACACACACACAGGUUUGCGUAUUCUUCCAAGGACCUAGGAUUCAUUCAGACAGCCUAAAUAAACGCUUAAAAAACAGGUAUUUACCCAUAAAUAACCCCUUUUUAAAGGUGUGACAUAAAAGUGAAUACCAGUCAAAAAUGUCCUCACUUUCCCCAAAAUGUCCUCACUUUGGUUUUUUAUCAUGUUUGUGGUCCUCACAAAAAUAUACAGUAUAUACAAGGACACAUCCCUUACCCUGACCCCUGACUCUACACAUAUUUAUUUCCUCUGUCCUUCACCAGGAUCUCAGAAAUGAGGUUCACCCACAUAAGGAGCAGGAUUUGGUCCUCAGGAGGUAACAGAAAUAAAUAUAUACACACACACACACACAGUUGGGCAGGAUGUUGCUGAGAUGAAAUGAGGUUGCAAACUGUUGACUUUAAAUUGUAUGCAUGAAAGCGUGAGAUGAAGUGCACCGCUCCAAUAAAGUGACAAUUCAUUAAUUUUAGUGGGAUUUAUAUGGAUUACGCAAUGCUUUAUCCUCCCCCUCUGCCUCAGCCAACAGCACAUAGAUCAGCUCUUUUCUUUCAUUUCCUUCUUUCCUUCUUGACCUCUUUCUACCUGUUGGCUGUUCCACUUUACAGUGUGACAUUUCAGCACAAUGGACAGCGCCUGGACUCUGGAAAAACCACUAUCACUCACUGCAUGUGACACAAUUCACAGUUAAAGGAAAGAGAGAGAGUUGGUACUCACAACACAGGUGUCCCUCACACCAUAGGUGCUCAUGAAGGAGGAGACUUAUCCAAACUUUAUGCCCAGAAAGGCAAAGCACUUUCUGUAAUGCAAACAUCCUUCAUACAAUUAAGAAAGGGAAACUUUAAAAAAAGGCCCCAACACAGAUCUUCUCCUGCUUUAUCCGUUUGUGGAGGUCAAACAAUGAUCCGAUGAUAAGAAAAAGACCAAAACACGUGUAGUUGUGUUAUGACUUGAACCAUUUUUGAACUACUACAACUUCUCAGGUAAUCGUUGCUCAUGUGCUGACAACAUCAUUCGUUAUUAUUCACCACUAUUAACUUCAUAGCCGUGACCUUUAAGGUCAGAGAGGGAGUUAGUUGUUUUGCAUAUUUGUUUACACUGCCCCUAGAGGCCAAGAAUUAUACUGCAUGCACUUGUGCCUCUCUGAGCUUGCACACCUGACACUGUUUGACCUUUUUGUUUCCACACCCACAGGAAAACCAUCUGUGAGUGUCUUUACUUGGAUUUUUUUCGGCAUAAUGUGCCACAUUUUGUUAUUUGGUAACUCGUUUAUACCUGUAUUGUUUUUCUUUUUAUGCACAGGUAUAUCCACAUUCAUAUAUUCCAUUAUCUUAUCAAGUUUGAUCCACUUGUUACGUGUGAUUGUUUUUAUCAUCGCACUCGAUUCCUCUGCUAAAAAUAUUACUCUUCUCUUCUUUAACAAGAUAAUGUCUUCACGACAGAGGAGACAAACGAUACUCCUUACACAGCAUCUUAAAUAAGUGGAGCCUGUGCUGUGGUGGUUGAUCAGCUGUCGCUGCUCUGCUCUCUGACAGGCGGGAGGUUUGCAUUAUUGCCUGUUCCGAGGGUUGGUUUGAAUGAUAUCCAAAUGACCGGGAGGAAGAGCCUGGGCAGUAUCCUGCCCAGUGUAAUAAACGACACUCCAUUAUGACCAGGGACAGGUGGUUUUAUUGCACUUGUCACUUGAUAAAAUAACAAAUUGUUAAUCAAAUUAAUUCCUGAUGAUUUGAUGUUGUAUGUGAACCAGGGAACAAUCAUAUUAUGAGGAAAAUAUCACAUCGAGUCAUUUCUGGUGAUAAACCCUUGAGAAAUCCACAUAAUACUUGCAUCCACACAAAUACUGUGGCGGUAAACAACUAAAAAACUACAAUUAUAUGAGGGACAGGAACACCUAUUUUCAGGUGUUCCCAUGUAUGAUCACAGUUCCCUGUGUCAGCAUUUCCAAUAAAAACUGUGCGUUUUUCUUGUUCAGAUGGAAAAAUUGCCUUUUCUUUUUUGUCAUAUGGGUGAAUUAGCAUUUUAAUAUCAGUGUAAAACCAAUUUUGCCUCUCAUGCUGUCUCCUCCUCAGGCUUUGAAGGCAGCGCCUCCGCCUUUAGUCAGGUUGCAUAUUUGUUUUUUCCUUCAGCCUAAUUUGCAAGGCAUAUUACUCUCGGAGUGUCCUGAGUACAAUCACAGAAUCUAUGCAUUUAAACGCGCCUGAGAACCAGUCACUGCGUGUGACCAUGGUGGACGUCUACGUUGUGAAGAUAUUUUAAUUAUAACUUUCGUUUAAACGUUAAACUUUUGACGAAAAGGACAAAAUGAAUAAGAAAAGAUAUUUUCUGGAGCCUCCAGAAGUCAAAGACUAUCUGGUCAAAGGAGAGAGAUUCACCAUGUGGUCAGAGGAUUCCAGAAAGACCGUUCCUGUCACCAUGAAGAUGGACCCUAAAGGGUUUUUUGUCUACUGGAUGAACCAAAGCAAGGAGACAACAUUCCUGGACGUCGCCACUAUCAGAGAUACUCGGACAGGAAAAUAUGCAAAACUUCCAAAACACCCCAAAGUUCGCAACGUGUUCAACCUGGACUUCCCAGACAGCAACCAUCUUGCCAAGACCCUGACCAUCGUCUCCGGCCCUGACGUGGUGAAUCUCACCUAUCACAACUUCUUUGCCUCCAAAGAGAAAGUGACACAGAACUGGGCAAACGACAUCCUCGCCAUUGCCUACAACGCUGCGAGAAACAAUGCAUGCAGACAAGUCUUCCUGGAGAAAAUAUACGUCCGUAUUUCUCUUCAGACCAACAAGGACGGAAAGAUCCCGGUGAAGAAUAUUUACAAAAUAUUCCCUGCGGAUAAGAAGAGAGUUGAAAGUGCUUUAGCAUCAGCAAACCUCCCUAAAGGAAAGUAUGACACCAUAAAGCCGGAUGUGUUCACUGAGUCCGCGUUCAGGGCCUUCAUGACAAAUCUCUGCCCUCGAACUGAGAUCUAUGAGAUCUUCACUUCCUACUCCACAAAACCCACCAUGACAAAGGAGAACUUCACCAAGUUUCUCAACGAGAAACAGCGAGACUCCCGGCUCAAUGAGGAGCUCUUCCCGCGCCUGCGGCCGGACCAGAUCAAGGCUCUGAUUGACAAAUAUGAACCCUGUUUAAGUAAUUCUAACAGAGGGCUGAUCUCUCCAGAGGGUCUUCUGUUCUACCUCAUGGGCACAGAGACAUCAGUUGUCAUGCAGGACAGGCUGGCCAAGUGUCAGGACAUGAGCCAACCUAUACCCCACUACUUUAUCAAAUCAUCCCACAACACAUAUCUGACAGCUGGACAGUUUUCUGGCGUGUCCUCUCCGGAGAUGUACCGGCAGUGUCUGCUCGCCGGAUGCCGCUGCCUGGAGCUGGACUGCUGGAAAGGCAAACCUCCAGAUGAAGAGCCCAUCAUUACCCACGGCUUCACCAUGACAACUGAGAUCCUCUUCAAGGAUGUGAUCGAGGCCAUCGCUGAGAGUGCCUUCAAGACUUCACAGUACCCGGUUAUCCUCUCCUUUGAGAAUCACGUUGACUCGGUUAAACAGCAAGAGAAGAUGGCUAACUACUGCAAAACCAUAUUUGGCGAUGCCCUGCUAACAGAGCCGCUGGACAAAUAUCCGUUGAAGCCUGGCCAGCAGAUCCCCAGUCCGGCUGAGCUCAUGGGCAAGAUCCUCAUCAAGAACAAGAAGGGCGGCGACACAAAACCGACCCAGAAUAAGAAAACCACCACAGGAGCUGCAGACCAGGCCACAGCCGCAGCUGCACAGGUCACAAACACUGCCCAGGAUCCUGCAAACCCUGCAGAGAACCCUGCAGAUGGGGAUGCAGCUGUGGAGGACAACGAGGAGCAAGAAGACACAGAGGAACAAGACGAGGAGAAGAUGAAGACGUCGGAUGAGGGCACAGCUGGUCAAGAGGUAACAUCGUACGAGGCGAUGUCGUCCAUCGUCAACUACAUCCAGCCCAACAAAUUCAUCUCCUUUGACAAUGCCAGAAAGAAAAACAAGAGUUAUGUCAUCUCGUCUUUUGUGGAGACCAAAGGGGAGGCGAUGAUUUCCAAGACUGCUGUUGAAUUUGUGGAAUACAAUAAGAGGCAGAUGAGCAGGAUUUACCCCAAAGGAACUAGAAUGGACUCAUCUAAUUAUAGCCCCCAGCCUUUUUGGAAUGUAGGCUGCCAGAUGGUGGCGCUCAACUACCAAACAAUGGAUUUCCCCAUGCAGCUGAACAUGGCUCUGUUUGAAUUCAACGGCCGCACGGGAUACCUGCUCAAGCACGACGUCAUGCGCCGCAGCGACAAGAAGUUUGACCCCUUCUGUGACAGGAUUGACACGGUGGUGGCGAGCACGCUCACCAUAAAGAUCUAUUCUGGCCAGUUUCUGUCCGACAAGAGUGUGAAAACGGGGGUGGAGGUGGAGGUGAUUGGGCUGCCCGGCGACCCCAAGAAGAAGUAUCGCACCAAGUGGUCGACCACACCCAACGCCAUUAACCCAGUGUGGAAUGAGGAGCCUUUUGUUUUUGAGAAGAUCCUGCUUCCAGAAAUGGCCUCUCUGAGAAUCGCAGUCCACGAGGAGAACGGAAAAUUCUUGGGUCACAGGAUCAUCCCGGUGGAUGCCAUUCUGUCAGGGUUCCAUCACAUCUGCCUGCACAGUGAGAGCAACAUCCCGCUCACUCUGCCUGCUCUCUUUGUCUUUAUUGAGGUGAAAGACUACAUCCCUGCUGCCUUUGCAGAUUUCACAGAUGCCUUAUUUAACCCAACAAAGGGCACAGAGAAGACCUCUAAGGCUCCAAAGGAGUCAUCCUCCAACUAUGUUUCUCCAUAUGAGUUGCCUGUCGUCCAAACAUCUGCGAAUAAAGUCAGUCAAAGCGAAGCCCCCGUCACAGAAUCACCAUUGCCUGCAGAAUCUCCCCAGUCUCCACCAGAAGCAAGUGCAGAGAAAGCUAAAGAAGACACAGCAGAUUCUCCACAACCUGCAGAGGAGCCUGACUCUGUUGCUGCUGCUGCUGCUGCUGAUGCUGAUGCUGAUGCUGAUGAUGCUGCUGCUGCUGCUGCUGCUGCUGCUGCUGCUGCUUCUGCUUCUGAAGAGCCAGCACCAGAUGCCAGAACAUCUGAAACACUUCCUUCAGAGACCGAUCCUAAAAAUGCAGAGGCCCCUGAGAAUGAGGUAGCUUAUCACUCUAACACAAAUCCAGAUCCUGCGGUGGAUGAAGCGGCUCGUCCAGAGGAAGCCCCGGCAGAGCCUGCGGCUGUGGCCAGUGCAUCGCCUCAGUCUGCGGGGUCACAGAAAUCAGCUCCGCUGUCGGCAGACGGCGAAGCAGAGCCCUCGACUGUGACUACUGAGGAACUGACACAGCACAAGAACUAUCUGAAGGUCGUCAAGCGCCAAGAGCGAGAGCUGAAAGAAGCCGAAAAGAAAUAUCAGAAGAAAGCCGAGGACCUGAUUCAGAAAUUCAGUGACUUGUUCAAGGCCAUGAAGAAGAAAGAAGCCUCGCUGAAGAAGAAGGAGGACGAGGGAAGCACCUCUGACCCCGGUGUGAAGAAGGAGCGGGUGCAGGAGCAGAAGGAGAAAAUGCAGACUGAGCUGCAGUCCCUGUGGAAAGAGCAGUGUGAUCAGCUGAGGAAGAGGAAAGAGCAGUUUGCUACAGAGAGACUGGCUAAGCUGUUGGAGAUGACCACAGAGAGACACGCGUGCGAAGUGAAGACCCUGGUGGAGAGUGAAACCAGUGAAAAUAAGAAGAAAACAUCCUCUAAAUGUUCAUCCUCCUCAAAGAAAACAAAGCUGAAAAGGGCUAUGAGCACAGAGCUGCUGGAUGAAACGUCUGAUUGUGCUCCCUCAGAUUUCAGCCCGCAGCAAGAGGCUCUGAUGAAGAAACAGGCCGCGACUCUGGAGGAAAUCAAGACCCUCACCAAUCAGCUCAAUCAGGAGGCUCUGAAGGAGCAUGCGCAGAGGCAGAGAUCUGUGUCGGCAGAGGUGAGAGACGCGGUGAACGUCUGUGUGAGCGCUCACUUCCCCGAACACGUCGACCAGGCCGGGGACAAGAAGGAGGAGGGAGUCUCCGGCUACGGAGACGUCUUCCUCGGCUAAACGUCCUUGUCCCGUCUUUUAAAAAAAGAAGAAUUUAAAAGAAAGUAGGUAUGAAUUAGUAAAAUAUUCAAUGUCUAUUUAGAUUUAGGUGUGAUUUUUAUAGAGAGAGAGAAUUCUUUAGUGGACUUUUAUGUAUGACCAAAUGCCAGGAAGGUGAAUUAUUUUAAUGUUCCUGUUAGAUCUAUUUUAGUUCGGCCCACAAUUAUCUUCCAGAUGAAGAUGCAAUCCCUCUUUCUCUUUUUAUUAAUUAGUUCAGAAAUGGGUUAAAAAAACAAAAACCCAGAAUAAAUGCUGCAGCAAAAAUGGUUCUUGAAUCCAAACAAUUAGUCCAUGAGUGCAGUUUUUAUUUUGUCAUACUUCAUGGACCCACACGGAAAGUGAGAAUACGGCGUGUUGAUAUAACAAAGGAUAUUCUGCAGAGUGAAGGAAAAGCACACUUAAGAACACUUAACAUCCAUGUUUGUCCAACCGUACAAUACACGCAGUGAAGAUUUUAUUGUUUUAUUGUGUGUUUAAAUAAAAGCAAUGUACCCUUGA